AUGGCAAAUAACUAUCCUGUCAUUGUUGUGGGUGCUGGCCCAGUCGGGCUCCUCACAGCGUUGAAACUUGCUCGCCAGCAGAUCAAAGUAGCAGUUUUGGAUCAAUCCCCUUCUACCAACGACUCUCCACGGGCUAUUCUUUAUGGAUUGCCUGCUGUCAAAGUACUUCACCAAGCAGGUGUAGCGGAUGAGCUCCGUGCUGCCGGCUACACGCCCACCCGAGUGUCGUGGCGCAAACUUGGUGGUGAGAUUAUGGCCAGGCUCGAUAUAACAUACCCCGAAAAAGUCCAGGAUCGAACACUCGUCUUGCCUGUGGGUGAGUUGACCUCAAUUCUGUACCAAUCUGUGUUGAAGGAGCCCACUGCAACUGUGCUGUUCAAUCACAAAAUUACCAGCAUUAAACAAUCGAACGACAAGGCUGUCCUCAAUGUCACUGUUGGUGAGGCUGGAAAUACUGUAGAUAAUGAUCGACAGGCUAUAUUCGAGGCAGACUACGUGGUUGCUUGUGAUGGAGCUAGUAGUAUUAUUCGCAAGAGUCUUUUUCAAAAUGAAUUUCCCGGCAUGACAUGGGAGAAGCCAUUGAUUGCUACCAAUCUACGGUUUCAUUUCGACCUGAACAGCCUUGACUAUGACGAUGCCAACUUUAUCCAUCAUCCGGAGCAUGGUCAUCUCCUGGCCCGAAUCGACAAGACAGAUCUCUGGCGAGUGGCUUAUGUGGACGAACCGAACUUGAGCCCCGAAGAAUACAGGGCUCGUCUCCCAGAGAAAAUGAAAAUCAUGCUGCCUGGAAAUCCAGACCCUGAUCAGUACACAGUAGUGGCAAUGAAUCCCUAUCGCGUUCAUCAGCGGUUGGCCCCGUCAUUUCGAGUUGGUCGUUUCCUGCUCGCUGGAGACGCGGCGCACUUGAACAGCCCUUUUGGCGGAUUAGGUCUUACCACCGGCAUUGUGGAUGCGGGUGCUGUCAGCGACUGCGUUGGGGCAGUGCUUUCCGGAAAAGCGGACGAGACCAUUUUGGACAAAUACAACGAGAUUCGACGCGACCUCUUCAUCAAUGAAUCGGACAAGUGGAGCCGAAUAAACUAUCUCCGAGUGACAGACCCCGAUCCAGAAACGCUUCUCGAGCGAGAUCGCUUCCUCCAAACUAUGAACGCUGUAAAGGGCGAUCCAGCAAUGAUCGAAAAACUGAAAGAGAUAGAAAUGGCCAUAUAUCACGACUUCACCGCGUAUUACAAGCAAGCCUCAGAAUGA